CCUAUCUGUAUCAUUGCAGACGAGUGGAGUCCUCCGAAUGCAUCAAUUGGACCAAUCUUGUCACUUCCAAUUUCUUGGUGACUUGGGAACGAUACCAUUCAAGCACGCACAUGCAGGAUAACCAUUGCUAUUGCAGUUAGAAUUUGGACCGCAGAAGCCAUACUUUUCACAUUGAUCAAGCUCCGAUGUAGAUAUGACCAUCCAUUUAUUUGUUUCAUCAUUCCAUAUACGUAUGAGUAUAUAAGUUUGAUAUCUUGACUCUCUCAAGUCAAUUACCUAUAAAACUUGUAAGUCAUAAACCAAGUUAUAUUAUUUACUACAGAUAUACUCUAAUGCCUUGUCAAUUUAUUUAACAGAUUUAAACUUCUGGCUUUUAGUUAACGAGAGAAAAGAAAUGGGAGGCUUUGUAGUGCUUUUAUUAUACUCCUUUUUAAUCUCCAUCAUAACAACCUCCACUUCACUAGAUAGGAUUAAUCUAGAACAAUUCAUAAGAGAUGGUGAGACUAUAGCUUCAACAGGUGGAAGAUUUGAACUUGGAUUUUUCAGUCCUGAAAAUUCCAAAAUGAGAUUUGUGGGUGUGUGGUACAAGAAUAUAUCUCCGCAGACGGUUGUAUGGGUUGCCAACAGAUCAUCUCCACUUUCCAAUACUAUGGGAGCUUUAAACCUCACUAGCCAAGGAAUUCUACUUCUUACCAAUAGCACAAACAAUUUUGUUUGGUCAUCAAAUGUAUCGAGAACUGCAAAAGAUCCAGUAGCUCAGCUCUUGGAGACCGGAAAUCUUGUUGUCAGAGAUAAAAAUGACACUAAUCCAGAUAACUACCUGUGGCAGAGUUUCGAUUAUCCAUGUGACACCUUGCUUCCAGGAAUGAAAUUGGGAAGAAACUUGAUUACCGGUCUUAACAGGUUUAUGUCGUCCUGGAAAAGCGCAGAAGAUCCAGAUCAAGGCAAAUUCUCUUUAAUCUUGAGUCAUCAUGGUUACCCACAGCUAAUACUUUUUGAGGGAAGUGAAAUCACGUACCGACCAGGUUCUUGGAACGGAGAAACUUUUACAGGGGCUGGGAGGAAGGCGAAUCCAAUUUUCAUACAUCGAUUUAUAAACAAUGAAAUUGAGGUCUAUUACGCAUAUGAGCCCGCAAACGCUCCACUCGUUUCCAGAUUUAUGCUAAAUCCAUCAGGUAUUGCGCAGCUAUUUAAAUGGGAGGAUGAAACAAACAAAUGGAAGGUCGUAUCUACACCGGAGCUCGAUGAAUGUGAAAAUUAUGCUCUCUGUGGUCCAAAUGCUAACUGCAGGACCAAUGGCUAUCCUGCAUGUGCAUGCUUGAAUGGGUUCGUUCCCGAGUCGCCAACAAAUUGGAAGUCACAAGAAUGGUCAGAUGGAUGUAUUCGGAGGACUCCACUCGUCUGCAAUGAUACAGAUAGGUUUGUGAAAUAUACAGGGAUUAAGCUGCCAGAUACAUCUUCUUCCUGGUAUGACAGAAGCAUUGACAUCAAGGAAUGCGAGGUAUUGUGCCUGAAAAACUGUUCUUGCACUGCAUAUGCAAAUUUAGAUAUAAGGGGAGGUGGAAGUGGCUGCUUGCUUUGGUUCAAUAACCUGAUGGACAUAAGAAUAUUAGAUGGAGGGCAGGACCUCUAUGUACGGGUGGCUGCUUCAGAAAUAGAUGAACUGCGGAAGCAAAGGCGCUUUGGUAGGAAGCAAGUUGGAUUAAUGACUGGCUGUGCUACUUUCAUAACCUUCAUACUGAUCAUCUUUUACUUAUGGAGGAGAAAUAUCAGAAAACAAGAGAUGGUAAAGAAACGUGGUGGAGAGAAUCAUAAAUAUGAUGAUAGGAACGAAGACAUGGGGUUAUUAACAUUUAAUUUGAAGACAAUAUCUGAAGCCACAAACAAUUUCUCAAGCAGCAACAAGCUGGGACAAGGUGGCUUCGGACCUGUCUACAAGGGUACAUUGAAAGAUGGAAAAGAAGUAGCAGUGAAGAGGCUUUCAAAAAGUUCUGGCCAAGGAUUGAACGAAUUCAAAAAUGAAGUAAUAUUAAUAGCCAGACUUCAGCACCGUAAUCUUGUAAAGCUUCUUGGUUGCUGCACUCAUGAAGAUGAGAAAAUGUUAAUCUAUGAAUACAUGCCUAACAAAAGCUUGGACUUCUUUAUUUUUGAUAAAAUGAGAAGCAAAUUACUAGAUUGGCAUAAACGGUUCCACAUCAUUGGUGGAAUUGCUCGAGGUCUUCUUUAUCUUCAUCAAGACUCUAGACUAAAAAUCAUUCACCGAGAUCUCAAAGCCAGUAACAUUUUAUUGGAUAAUGAAAUGAAUCCGAAAAUUUCAGAUUUUGGCCUUGCAAGAAUAUUUGGAGCCGAUCAAACUGAAGCGAAUACAAAUAGAAUUGUGGGCACCUAUGGGUAUAUGUCACCUGAAUAUGCAAUGAAUGGACACUUCUCAAUCAAAUCUGAUGUCUUUAGUUUUGGUGUCUUGGUUUUGGAGAUUAUAAGUGGAAAGAAAAACAGGGACUUUUGUCACGAAGACCACAAUAUUAACCUUAUUGGGCAUGCAUGGAAGCUUUGGAUUGAGGGGACACCAUUAGAACUAAUUGAUGAAUGUCUAACUGAUAUCAUCGAUCUAUCUCAAGUGUUAAGAAGCAUUCAUGUGGCUCUAUUAUGCGUGCAAAAAAAACCAGAAGAUAGGCCAAACAUGUCAUCAGCAGUUCUUAUGUUGGGCAGCGAAAAUCCAUUGCCUAGGCCAAAACAGCCUGGUUUUUUCAUGGAAAGCCCUCCGCCUGAAGCAAAUACUACAAGGAACAACCAUAAAUCUUUCUCUGCUAAUGAAGUCACUUUUACAAUAUUGGAAGCACGAUAGAUAGGCAUGUUGAGUGCAUCAAGCAACCAAAACUCUGUUAAAUUAAUACCACAAUGUUGAAGAUCGAUAUUCCAGGAAGAUAGUCAUUUCUAUAUUAUGCUAUUUUUACUUUUAUGCGUUGGAAGUUUGAGAACAGAGUUGUAAAAUAUAUACAUUCAUUUAAAUAAAUUUAUCUGUUGAAGGGGAUGAAAAGUAUGCCUUAAAACAGAUAUAGAUA